AAUCAGCCCAACCUGUAUCGUUUAUUGAAAUCAAUCAGCACUGUCCAGCAAAAAAAUCACGUGUCAUCCAAAAAUCAAGAAUUAAGGGAGGGCGAGAAGCGAAGGGUUUAUGGAUUUAUUUCCUCCAUAAUCCGAGCGCGUGUGGUAAAUCAGCAGCAGAAACGCCAUCUGUCUCUUCCGCGCCGAGCACUCAAUUUCGGUCCAGAUCGGCGAGAGACAUCUGCUUUCUGUUGGUGUGGUGGAUUCGAAGCUACCCUGUCCACCCGGCACGGUAUUGGAAAGACCACCUCUCACCGUCUGCGAAAGGGAAAGUCGGAGUCCGGAAAUGAUAAUAGGACGAAUCCCCUUUUAAACGGAAAACAAUGGACAGCGAGCUUUGAGCAAUGUAUUUAUGAUCAAUAUACUAGGCUAUUGUAUUUUUUUUAUAUCACAUAGGCUAUUACGAAGAAUGCAUGACUUCAUUAUGCCCUGCUGCCUGGGAUGGUUACUGUGAGGGGGUCGCUGUGCGUCGAGGGGGGUGAUUCCAGCGACCGCCAAAAGGAAAUUUUUUGGUCUUGGCAGGUCAAAGAAGGCUAUGUCUUACAGUGGUGACACCAGUUUGCGGCUGUGUUUGUAUUGUGAAACCUCCACCGAUUUUGGGACUUAUUUUGGGAUUACCCUGCAGCACCCAGGGAUAUUUUCAGUCUUUAAUUGAGGACAUUUUGACAGUUGCACAACGUAGAAGGAAUACAUCCAUUAUCAAGUCAUUGAAUAGCUUGUGAAUGGGCUGGAAUUUAUCGCUGUCCAUUAUGUAGCUGUAGUAGGCUACUCUUGGACAAUAAAUUCCACUUUUCGCGAGGACAAGCCUAUUUUGCGCAGGUUUGUGAAAUACUUUUGAGUUCUGAAACUACUUUACAAUUUUCAGAGGCUUCAGUUGGAAACAUUUCAGAAUUUUACGUCGUCAGUUAUUUAGAAAUAACUUUUUGAGAAGGACACCAGAACAUGCUGUUCAACGUUUUGCCAGAUUAUUCGAACCUACAAGAACCUAUUUUAUGCUAUUAUUUUGUUGGUUCAAAAAAAUCUAAUCGCUCUUUUUAUAUAGCCUAACCUUACAUUUGACAAUUUUCUGUGAAGUCGAGUGAGGUGGAAUAUACUUUGAUGGUUAUUAAUUUAAAUGUAGGCCUACUGUUUAAUUAUUCGAACACCAAACCCUCGUUUACUGCCAGUGCCUCUCAAAUAUUGACCAGAUUUGACUGAUCAGCUGCGCUGAAUUCAGCCCAACAGCGAAACUGGAUUGUAUUGAAUGAGAAACGCGUUUUACGCACAAGCUGUGUACGGGAACUUGGUGGUGGUACAGUUUGGCCUUGCUGGCGUUCCGUGGAAAUGGGAGACAACAUGUCAAAGAGAUUAAAACUGGUCACCACAUCUGAAUCAGAGAUGGAGGAGAGGUCUUUUGUGAACCCAUUCCCGGACUGGGACCAGGGAGUUUUCUCAUCAUCAAACUCAGGACAAGACAGUGAUGGGAGUGAACCAUUUGAUGCCAACGGAAAGAUUAGGGAGGCUUUCGAGAAGAAACUGCAGAACAAGAUCAAAGACCUGCUGGUGCAGAUGGACGAAGGGCUCAAAACAGCCGACCCCAAUGACUACUCCACAUACACUGGCUGGACAGGCAUAGCUCUGCUGUAUCUGCAAUUGCACCGGGUGACCAGGGAGGCCUCCCACCUGCAGAGGGCGCUGGACUAUGUGAAGCGCACCCUGAGGAGCUUGAGCGGCCGGCGGGUCACCUUCCUCUGUGGAGACGCUGGACCUCUGGCCGUGGGCGCAGUCACACACCACCGCCUCAAGAACCAGGCAGAGACACAGGAUUGUAUCAGCAAACUUCUUCAGCUCCAGAGGUCUGUGUUGUCUCCAGAUUCGGACGUGCCUGACGAGCUCUUGUAUGGUCGGGCCGGCUACCUCUUCGCCCUGCUCUACGUCAACAAGGAGAUUGGCCCUGAUACCGUCGACGAGGCCACCAUCACCAAGGUGAGUGCCCCCAUUGCUAAAGUGAAUCCCGAUAUCCUGAAUGAACUGGUGCGGCCCAGCAUUGACUAUGUCCGGCACAAAAAGUUCCGCUCCGGCAACUACCCCUCGUCCCUUAGCAACGAGACGGACAGGCUUGUCCACUGGUGCCACGGGGCCCCGGGCGUCAUUCACAUGCUCCUCAUGGCACACAAGGUGUUUAAGGAGGAGAAGUACCUGAAGGACGCGGUAGAGUGUGGUGAGGUGAUCUGGCAGAGGGGUCUACUCCGGAAGGGCUACGGCAUCUGCCACGGCACCGCCGGCAACGGAUACGCCUUCCUCGCCCUCUACAAAGCCACUCAGGAGAAGAAGUACCUAUACCGCGCGUGCAAGUUUGCUGAGUGGUGCCUGGACUAUGGGACGCAUGGAUGCCGCAUCCCUGACCGGCCGUAUUCGCUGUUUGAAGGUAUGGCAGGAGCUAUCCACUUCCUCUCUGACAUCAGCCAGCCUGAGGCCUCCUGCUUCCCCGCAUUUGAACUUUGACCCCCGGGAGGGCUAGAGUUAGGAGAGAUGCACAAGAAGAAGGACUGACCUGGAGUUCAUGAGACGGUGGCAGCCGGGUGGCGCGCUGGAGCAGGAAUGGGGUCUGGCUCAUGAGGGUGGCAUGAUUCCUCAGGUUUUCCAUCUGAG